AAAAUAUCAACAAACGACGGGAACAGAGCUCCACGUUCUCGCGAGACGUCGUUGAAGAUGGCAGCCGCCAUGGUGGAGCAUGUUGUAGCUGAUGCUGCUGCUUUCCUGAGAAAAGCUCCUUUACACGAAAUCGGAAAGAAUGUCUACACACUGAAGGAUGUCGUGAAUGAAAUUCGGGAUAAAGAAACCAGAAGGAACUUGGCCGUCUUACCUUACCAGCUCAUCUUCAAAGAACCUUUUCCAGAACAUGUACGGUUUGUAACUGAAUUUUCAAAAAAGACUGGAGACUAUCCCAGUCUUUCAGCAACAGACAUUAAGGUCUUGGCUCUAACCUACCAACUGGAAUUGGAAAAUGUUGGAGCUGAUCAUUUGAAAAAAGAACCAGCAAUACAGAUUGAUAUAUGCAGCACACAGAGACAUCCGGAAGCCCCAGUAGAUGUUGCUGGUUUCCAUUUCCCCUCUAAAAAAUCCUCACACAGGACAGGCACUGACGUUCACAGUCCCUCUGAAUCACAUGUACCUGCGGAGAGUUCGGAGUUUAACAGUUUUCAGUUUUGGAGGACUCCACUUCCUAGCAUUGAGGCUGACCUGCUGGAAUUGUUAGCUGCUGACACAGUUGUGGUAAAAGAUGUCACAGAGAAACUGGAGUCUGUUGACUUGUCGAAUGAAGGUCAGAAAACGGAAUCUCAAACUGGAUUAGGAGAGGAUGGUGAAAAUGAGGAAGAUCAGGAGGAAGAAGAAGAAGAAGAUGAAGAGGAGGAUGAUGAUGAUGGAGGCUGGAUCACUCCCAGCAAUUUAAAACAAAUCCAGAUGGAUGUUGGUCACGUGCAACAUUCAGCAAAUGCCAAAGUGGGCUGUGUGACCACAGACUUUGCCAUGCAGAAUGUCCUUAUUCACAUCGGUCUCAAUGUCCUCUCAUUGAAUGGAAUGCUCAUCAAACAAACAAGAAACUACAUCCUCCGCUGCCAUGCCUGUUUCAAGACUACAACAAAUAUGAACAAAACUUUCUGCCCAAAUUGUGGCCACAACACACUAAAGAGGAUUGCUGUGAGCGUCGGUGAAGAUGGUAAUAUGCAAAUGCACUUCUCCAGGAAUCCCAAAGUGCUCAAUCCUAAGGGCAAGAGGUACUCCAUACCUUUGCCACAAGGGGGCAAACAUGCCAGCAAUCCACACCUGGUGCAGGACCAGCGCUUCCCUCAACAGAAAGUAUCCAAGAAGGCACGGCAGAAGACUGAUGUUUUCGACCCAGACUAUAUCGCAGGCAACUCGCCAUUCUCAGAGCACGACAUUUACAGCAGAUCAGCAAACCUACACCUGCGUGACGCUCCAAGUGGGGGAGGGAGACGACGGGCUAAUCCAAAUGCCUCUCGCAAGAAAUGUGGCAAGAAAAAGUGAAUCAUCAUUCUUCUAUGUAUUUGUCAGGGGAAGACAUUGACAAAGUUUGCAAAAUAAAGUUUAAAUUCCUUCCUACUAAAA